CACCUGGGGAGAGUGAGCAAGCACCUGUGUGGGGCUCUUGCCUGCUGGACCUUUGAAGGUCCCUUCCAACCCAAACGAUUCUAUGAUUCUAUGAUGAUUCUAUGGUGAUUCUAUGAUUGAUGAAAGGCAAGAAGCAUAGCAGCACCAUGUGUCUUAUAAGUGCAGAUGAAUCAGCUAUGUGCUGAAACAUGAGGGCUGUAGUUCAGGCAGGUGGUCUGCCUUCAGCACUGGCUGAAUUUUUAACCAAUAGCAGCCACAUGCAGUAAUGUUAUCUGGGGUAAUGUGUCAUAAUCAAGGGAGUCUAGGCUCAAUCCAAGAUGUCUUUGGAAGCAUGGAUAGGGAUGUACAAAUGGAGUGUGCAUGUGUUCUUUCUACAGAGCCCCUCGUAGAUCAGCAUUGCUUCUGACAUGCUCUCUUAGCCUUUUGUUCAUCUUUUAUUUGCAGCAUUUCAAAUUAGAAACAAGAUUCAAUUUCUACAAAUGUUUCUUAGACUUUUUACUGUAAAUAAAUAUUCUGAUUGUUGGCAGAACCUUCCUGGAUUACUCAAUAAAGGAUUAUUUCCUUAUUAGUCUUUACUCCUCCUCUUUCUAUCUGGUUUAUUUUCCAAAAGCGCAGUCUAGGAGCUGCGAGGCACCAGCCAUGCCCCUGUCCCAGCCUCUCCUGCACGCUGCGGUGUUUGCAUUCACAGUCCUUCAGGCCCUUGCCUCCGACACCUUCAUUGCAGCCGUCUAUGAGCAUGCCGUCAUCCUGCCAACUGCUGUUAUUAAGCCUGUUUCUCCUGACGAUGCUUUGGCCCUGAUGAACAGCAACAUGGAUGUCUUGGAAGGGGCCAUCAAGGAAGCCGCCCAGCAGGGUGCCCACAUCAUUGUGACUCCUGAAGAUGGCAUUUACGGCUGGCGCUUCACAAGAGAAACCAUCUACCCGUACCUGGAGGAUAUCCCAGAUCCAGCGGUGAACUGGAUUCCCUGCACUGACCCCACAAGAUUUGCUCCUGCUCCAGUGCAGGAACGACUCAGCUGCAUGGCCAGGAAUAACUCCAUCUAUGUGGUUGCAAACAUUGGGGACAAGAAGCCUUGUAACUCUAGUGAUCCCAGCUGCCCCGAGGAUGGUCGCUAUCAGUACAACACUGAUGUCGUCUUUGACCCAGAGGGAAAACUGGUGGCUCGUUACCACAAGUACAACCUGUUUAGAGGAGAAACUCAGUUUAAUUACCCAAAAGAGCCAGAAACCAUCACCUUUGAGACCCCCUUUGGGAAGUUUGGCAUUUUCACUUGCUUUGACAUCCUUUUCCGUGAGCCUGCUGUGGUUCUGGUGAGUGAGUUGCAGGUGGACAGCGUGCUCUUCCCUACAGCUUGGAUGAACGUCCUGCCCUUUCUGACUGCGGUUGAGUUUCACUCUGCCUGGGCUAUGGGUAUGGGUGUCAAUUUGCUUUCAGCAAAUACUCACAACAUCAGCUUUGCAAUGACAGGCAGUGGGCUGUUCAUGCCGGAGGGACCCGCCGCCUACCAUUACGACAGUGAGACUGAUGAGGGACGUCUCCUGGUAGCAGAGCUGAAUGCACAACCCCGUGUUUCCCCCAACUACCCUCCAGCCAUCAACUGGAGCUUGUAUGCCACAAGCAUCAAGAAAUUUCCAGAAGAAGACACAUUUCUGGGAGCUGUCCGGAAGGAUAUAUUCACUUUCAGUGAACUCAGGCACAAAGCUGGAAAUUAUACAGUUUGCCAAGGAGACCUCUGCUGUCAUUUGAUCUAUCAAAUGUCAAACAAGAGCAAAGAUGAAGUUUAUGUCCUGGGUGCAUUUGAUGGGCUUCAUGGUUCUCUCAUAAAAUACCACUGGCAGAUAUGCACGCUGCUCAAGUGCAAGAGCACAGAUCCAGAAACAUGUGGGCAGCCGGUGGAGACAGCUCAGACCAAGUUUGAGAUGUUCUCCCUCAGCGGCACGUUUGGCACCAGCUAUGUUUUUCCAGAAGUCUUGUACAGUGGGGUGCAGCUGGCCCCUGGGGAGUUCGAGGUGCUACGUGAUGGGCGUUUGAAAAGUAAGCAUGGCACAUCAAAACCAGUAAUAACAGUGACGCUUUUUGGAAGGCUUUAUGAAAAGGACCUGCCUCAUCCUCUGCGAAUGUCUCCAUCGCAUAACACCGCUGUUACACAGUCACCAUAGACAGGAGGGGAAUUUCCUAUGCUGAUCUACCUUCUCAUGAGUCAUGGCAGUUAUCCUGUAUCAUUCCUCUUCUGCAAUCUUGCACUUCCUCUCAGCAGCUGUGUUAGUUGGCUUUAUUUAGGAGAAAGUGAUGUGAUCACUCUGUUGUGUACACGUUGUUAAUAACGCUUGAGCCACUGCAGUUAUUUUCAGUAUGAAUGCUCUGUCACAUUAAAUCUUUAAUUAGAUU